AUGCUCCCUUCAAAUUCACCUCCUACUGCGCAGCAAGCUUCAAUGCUCUCCGAGAACCUAAUCAUGAAGGAGAAAAACAUUCUGUUUAUUGGCAACAUCACUCAAGACACCGUUAUUACGUAUUCCGAGAAAAUUUCAAAUAAUCCGACCACUUUACAACUACCGGAAAACGAUCAUACUCCCAACAACGAUGAUCCCAUCAUUGAUUAUUCCAGAUUUGAAAAGGUUCAAAGUCAAUCUCUAGGAGGUUCCGUCAUGUUUGGCUGUUUAGCCUUCCAGCACUAUAUGAAAGAAGCUGAGCCCACUCUUCCGAUCUCCCAUUGUUCUCAUCAUUAUGAUCCUAUCGUUCAUCAUCAUCAGGAUGGUUGUUUGAACGGCCAUCAUGAUACAACAACAACUCUCAAAUUCCAACCAAGAAUAUUUACAAAAAUUGGCAAACGAGAUGUGAGGAAAUUGUUGAGGUUUUUUGAGAACCGAACGUUGGACCCAUAUCCUUCUGACGAAGAAGAAGAAGGUUUAUUAGACGUGAAUACCCCUCAACACGUUCAAAAGGAACAACCCGAUAUUUGUGUCGUUAAAAAGUUGAGAGGAUUGAAAAUGUUUGAGAAUGUUGUUGUGGUCGAUCAUUAUCAUCAACACCAACAGGAUCAUUCCGAACCAUUAGUAACAGCCAUCGAGGAAAGCAAACUCACUCAAUAUGAAUUGUGCUAUCCUCCUCCAUUGGAGAAUGGAAUGCCCAAUCAGAGAACUCUCGUAUGCCGGGAUCGAGGAAGUAUCUUUCAAACCGAAGAUAUUCACUUCAUUCUGAAGGAUCAACAAUUAAGACAAGGACACUUGGAAGCUCUAUUCUUUGUUCCAGUAGCUGCUGAGUUUGAUCAUCAUUUUGUCAAACAUUUUAGUGAACAAGUCAUCCAACAUUAUGGGCAAUCGCCAGUGAUUGUGUGUACCGACAUUCAAGGAUAUUUGAGGAAGAUUGAAAGCGGUGGAAAAGUCUCACACAACUCGUUUGAAUACUUGCAACAAGUAUUGAGAAUAUUGUCCAGCGUCAUUUCCAUCAUUAAAUUAGAUCAUGAGGAAGCAAAGAAAUGCAUUGAAAGUAGUGAAAAAUUGACUCCAGAACAAUGUGCAUUAAUUCUCCAGGAGCAGUAUGGCUUUCCAAUUGUAAAUGUCACUAUGGGAGGUGGAGGAAGCGUUUGUGCCUGCAAAGGUAGUGAAAUCACCUUUCAUUCCAAAUUGACAGAAUCGAAAGAAGUGAAGUCUGAGAAACAACUGCAUGCUUCAAUAGUGAAAUAUUUUCCAGCCUACAAACCAAGGAGAGUGCGAGAUGAAACAGGAGCUGGUGAUACUUUUUUGAGUUGUUUUGUUGCCGAAUUAUUGGUCACCAAACAUUCCAAAUAUAAGGAUCAACCUCGAUUAGAUUCAUUCACACUCUCUUACGAAGAAAUAUUUCAUUGUGUGAAAAUGGCAUCAAGUUCGACCUCAUUCAGAGUUGAAGAGCGUGGCCUUAAUGGAUUUGCUUCAAGAAAACAAGCAUAUCAUCGAGUGUGUGAAAAUAAGCAUUAA